ACCAGCCACAAGAUGUCAAGGGCAUUGGAAGCCUCUUAAAUCGGGCGCCUUACUGCCCAACUUCUCCCGGAAAACCCCGUUUGCUGGGCGAGGCGCAUGGAUGAUGGAACGAACCUCUCACCUACCCAGGCAGGAGGAUUUGAUCCCGAGGACCUAUGCGCCAUCAUCAUUGAAACUCCACGCAAACGCCCCAAUACAGUGAACGUAGGCCUGCUGUCUCACUAUGGCCCCUUUGUGUGGUUCCCCCGCCCUUCUCAGUCAGCUCGACGAGCCCAGCUUCGCAAAUCAGCGUCAACGCCAACACAGCUGUGGCGUCUCUAUCGAUCCGAGAUGCACAGUUCAUGGUGCAGCGUGUAUGGCAAGUUGGUGUAUGGCGAAAGCCACCUAAUGGUUAGUCUUGCCCUCACUAUGGCUUUAUCUUAUCCAGUCUCGCCAGUGCUAUUCGUCACUCUCUUCUUUCGGUCCUUGGUUAACGCAGGGCUGAUCUUUUGCCUUCGGGGGUGCCUAACCACUCGCCACAUGCUCGUCAACAGCUUUGGAAGUUGAAUGUGGGCAUCACCUCCCUCCCCUAGUAAGAUAAGGCGCAGUGAAUGGUCUGUGACAAAGCGAUGUUGUGUAACACUCCUUUUGAGCUCUGGGGUCAAUGCUUGGUUGGCUAAGGUAGGUUGUCUUCAUGAUGGGGCAAGCACUUGCGUCACUGUAACUUUGCCUCGUCUUUUUUUUUUCUUUUUUUUUUCCUUUUUUUUCU